UGUCAAUAAUCAAACUCAAGAUGUGGGAGAUAGACGCAGGGGUUUUAAAAAUUGGUGGCAAACAAGCAGUUGAUGAAAAUGGAAAGAAAUAUCCGAAGGUUAAAUCCGUCAAAGAGAGUAAAUUUGUCUACUUGAUUUAUUUCAUUGGUCAGAAGAAGGGGCUUAAACUGGGCAAAGACAAAUAUACAGGUUCCAUUGAUGUAAUCAAAAGUUUUCAGGCCAAACCCUCCAGAAAAAUAACUAAAGAAAAAGAGAACAGACUGCCAGAAGUAACCCAUAUUGAGCCCAGUUUUGGUAAAUCUGUUGAAGAUGAUAAAUUGAUUGGUGAAUUUACUGUUGAUGCUCAGACCCUUUCUAGCCCACCACAGGAAUAUUUAUGCAGGACAGUAAGAGAGGACUGGGUUGUGGAGAUAAGAAAUAAGAUACGUGAGCAAGCAGCAAUCCCACAGGGGACACAUCUGCCUGUGCUAGUGGACCCAUCACAGUGUUCUGAUCCUGACAAAUUUAGAGGACAACUCCUAGAGAGUAAUUCAGAAAUAAAAUCUACUGAUUUUACUCUUUACUUGCUUGGUGGUAAUCACCUUGUGGCUGCUAUCAAGGGAUUACAAGAAGAAGGAAUUAAAGGAAUUGGAGAAUUAGAUGUGUCAGUGUAUGUAGGUUUAACACCAGAGGAAGCAAGACUGUUAGGCAACAGACAUAACUUUCAAAUGUCAACUUUGCCAGUGACAUUUCAACAAAAAGUAGAACAGGCCAGGUUGUAUUUUAAAGCAGGUUCCAAAGGAAAAGACUUGGUGGAACAAAUAAGAAAAAUAAAUAUGCAGACAGAUAUCAAUAAAACAAACUUAACUGAAGACAGCUGCAGUACUAUUAAAAGCAUGGCGUCAUACUCUGAGAGAUGUUUUGUUUAUUUUACUAGUUUAGUGAAAAAAUUUGAAGCUAAGCAGGGAUGUCAUAAGAAUAUUCCACAAAAGCUAUUUCGGGCUUUACAAGGCCUUUCUGAGGAGGCCACAUUUUCGUACUUAAGCCUUGCUGCCGAAGAGGGUUUGGAAAAAGCAGCUGGAACUGUCGAUAGGUUGAAGGCUCGAAAAAGCUUACAGACAUUUUUAUGUCAGACAGUUAAGAUAAACACCUGGGAAGAGGCUUACAAAACAUACCCUGAGGUGUCAAGUAAAAUUGAAGAACUAGUUGAAAAAAAAAUCAGACGCAAAUUUGUUCCUGAAGUUUUCACUGCCUACUGCAACUCACUGACAGCAAUACCAGUGUGUAGUAAUGGUGAAGAGUCAGAAGUUUCUGCUCCAGAACAAGUGGACAUAGAUGAAGCAGCAGCAGCUGAUACACAACCACCUGUUACUCAAUCCUCACCUCAAAAUUUUCAAAUAAAUAUUGUUAUAAAAAGUAAGGGAAAGGAAAUUGUAAUUACUGAGGAAGCACAGAAAGUUAUUGAUUUUCAUAAAUCUAUUUUAGAUAAAGCUCUUACAAAAGUACUUCCUUUGGAAGAGUAAAGUAAUUAAAUAUUAAUGUAAUUUAUAAUUCACUUCUAAACAAUUUUCUAAAAGCUUCAUUAUAAUGUCCUCCAUUAUAUACACUAGCUGUAGUGUAAUAGAUUAAAAAAAAAUAAUCUGAAAAUAAAUAUCAUUUUCUUUGUAAAAAUAGAAUAAUCAAUUAAGAUUAAACGAGGACUACACUAGUAGAUAGGAGUUGACAAACUUAUUUUGAAAUGUAAUUUUGAUUGGGUCAACAGUGGAAAUCACAUGAAAUUUUUUACAUUGUCCCACAAAAUAAAAAUAAAAAAUAUUUCGACUUAAACGUCAGAUAAAAACAGACAAUUUUUUUACAUUUACUCACAAUAUCCUGCUCCUGAAAAUGUUAAUAGAUAUGACUCAGAAGCUGAGACACAAACACCUGCUCCUGAACCUUCAACUCAAAACUUGAUAUUGAUAUUAAAACUAAGGGAAAGGAAAUUGUAAUUACUGAGGAAGCCCAGAUAGUUGUUUAUUUUCAUAAAUCUAUUCCAGAUAAAGCUCUAACAAAAGAAGUGGGUUUGAAAAGUAAAAUAAACCUUUAAUGUAAUUUAUAAGUCAAAACUAAGGGAAAGGAAAUUGUAAUAACUGAGGAAGCCCACAGAGUUAUUGAUUUUCCUAAAUCUAUUCUAGAUAAAGCUCUUACAAAAGAAGUGGGUUUGAAAAGUAAAGUAAACCUUUAAUGUAAUUUAUAAGUCAAAACUAAGGGAAAGGAAAUUGUAAUAACUGAGGAAGCCCACAGAGUUAUUGAUUUUCUUAAAUCUAUUCUAGAUAAAGCUCUUACAAAAGAAGUGGGUCUGAAAAGUAAAAUAAACCUUUAAUGUAAUUUAUAAGUCAAAACUAAGGGAAAGGAAAUUGUAAUAAAUGAGGAAGCCCACAGAGUUAUUGAUUUUCUUAAAUCUAUUCUAGAUAAAGCUCUUACAAAAGACAAAAAUAUUUACUUUGACUUAAAUGUCAGAAAAAAAUGUUAAAAAAAUAUACAUUCAUUCACAAUGUCCUGCUCAUAAAAAUGCUAAUAGACAUGACUUGGAAGUCGAGACUCAAACACCUGCUCAUGAUACUUCAACUCAAAAUUUUGAUAUUGAUAUAAAAUCUAAGGGAAAGGAAAUUGUAAUUAGUAAGGAAGCCCACAGAGUUGUUAAUUUUCAUAAAUCUAUUCCAGAUAAAGGUCUUACAAUAGUAUUGGCUUUGAAAAGUAAAAUAAACCUUUAAUGUAAUUUAUAAGUCAAAACUAAGGGAAAGGAAAUUGUAAUUACCGAGGAAGCCCACAGAGUUAUUGAUUUUUAUAAAUCUAUUCCAGAUAAAGCCCUUACAACAUGUACAAAAGACAAAAAUAUUAACUUUGACUUAAAUGUCAGAUACAAAUGUUACAAAAAUAUAAAUUUAUUCACAAUGCCCUGCUUAUGAAAAUGUUAAUAGACAUAACUAGGAAGCUGAGACACAAACAACUGCUCCUGAACCUUCAACUCAAAAUCUAUUCUAGAUAAAGCUCUUAUAAAAGACAAAAAUAUUUUGACUUAAAAAUCAGAUAAAAAUAUAUAUUCACAAUGUCCUGCACUGGAAAAUGCUAAUAGAGAUGACUUGGAAGUCGAGACUCAAACACCUGCUCAUAAAACUUCAACUCAAAACUUUGAUAUUGAUAUUAAAACUAAGGGACAGGAAAUUGUAAUUAAUGAGGAAUUCCACAGAGUUGUUGAUUUUCAUAAAUCUAUUCUAGAUAAAGCUCUUACAAAAAAAUCUGGCUGGGAUCAACAGUGGAAAUCAUGUAAAAUUUUUGCUAUUAUCCAACAAAAAAAUAUAUUAUUCAAUGGACUUAAAAGACAAAAAUGUACAAAUUAGCAAAUAUGAAAAUAUGAAAACAUUUAUUCAGGUAUAACUUGUAUUAAGCUGGUUUUUUUUAAAAGUUAUUUACCUGUAGUCUUAUUUUAUAACAUUUCUUUAUAGUAUUAGAUUUUCUCAUGCAUUUUUCGGAAAUAAUUAAUUUUGUCCACAAAUGAAUGUCUCAAUUUUAGCAAUGCUUCAUACGAAUAUUCCAACAAAACCAUUCAAUUCAGAUAUUAUUUCUUUCAUCAUACCUUUGUACACCUACUUUUUUGUUUAAAAAAAAAGUUAUUUUUAGGGGUUUAUUUUUUACAAAAACAUGAACAUUGUUAUUGUCAAAUAAGAAGACACAUAUUAUAACAAUUUUAUGGACUAUUUUCUUUGAUGGGGAUACACAUUUUGUAUCCAUAACUCUUCCUAACACACAAAAACUUAUAGACACUUUUUCAAAAUCCUCAAGUUAUAAUGCCAUUGUGCACCCCCUAUUCUAAUUUAUGUUCAAAUUGAUUUUGGGGUUUCAAAUACAAAACAAGGAGCUUUUUGCUCACAGUACAUAUAUAGUUAAUAGUUUUAACCUUCAUGUCAAUUGUGAAAUUUUCUAUUUCUUAUCAAUAAUCAGUUAUAUUUUUAUUCAUUGUAGAUGUAGUUAAUUUAUAAAUACUUUGCUGAUAAUUGUAUUUAUACAAAUGUCUUAAACAGAUUUAUUUUUGCUAAAUAGAUGUCAAUAAAUUGUUUGAUCUAUGAACAUGGAUGUAUAUAGUAAGAGUAGAAUACAUACUGUAAUUUCCUUUUCAUUUUUAAACUCACAUUACAUUCUCCAUAUAUAUCUACAUGUCAUGGUCAUAAAUGUUAUAAUAUGUAUUGAACACUUAGUCAUUGGAAAUUUAAGCCAAAUCACACAGUAAAGAUCCUACAAUUACAUUUUUUUUCAAGUCAAGUUUAAUGUGCAAUUCUGUAAUAUGCAAAGAAGAACAAAAUAUUUUAUAUGUUAACUUUGAAACAAGCAAAGAAGAACAAAAUGUUUUUAUGGUUAACUUUCAUAGACAUUAUAUUAAUUUCUUUCAUUCUAAAACUGUUAUCGAGAUUCCUGUAAAUACAUGAAGAUAUACCUUACAUUUCUAUAUUUUGUCAUGUCAUACAGAAUUAUUAUAUUGAAAGCUGUUUGAUCUAACAUCUUUGAAGCAAUCUUAAGCCUUUUGCAAAAGUAAAAUAUGGGGGUCCAUGUGCUACUUUUUAUUUAGCUCAAUGCAGUAGAUAUAGAUAUUUAAAGUGUUUCACCAUUUCCCUUUUCAGACUGGAUUACUUUGUAGUGUUUUCAUAAUGCAACAUCACCAUGUGGUCAUUUCUACUGUUUUUAAUAACAUAAUAAAUGUUUUGUUAAUUAUUAUUUUCAAAGUCAUUAUUAAGAAAAAAAAUAAACAGCCUUAAUUUUGUCUUGAAUAUUAUGUCCCUUAGAUAAUUUUCAAAUGCUUAUAUCUUAGAUCAUACAGCAUCUGCAUUUUAACCUAAAAUAAAUUACUAUGUAACUCACAUCACCAGUUUGAUGAUGUAAUGAAUUUUCUGUGAAUUGUUAAUGCUGAUCAUUAUUAUUGUAAGACAUAUUCAUUUAUUUAUUAUAAUCAAGCUAAUUACAGCAAGAGUUGUCUAUAUUGUAUGUAACUUUAACGUGUGACACAAUAAAAUUAUAUAUUAAGAGUAAAAUACACAAAUAUGAAAUAAAUAUAUCAUAGAACUGA